UCCGGUGUGUGUUUGGAAAAAUAUCAAAACUGCUUUCAUUAUUACAGACACGUUCGACUUUUUUUUCUAGUCCAGUCAUGUUUACAAGGCUGGGCUUGAGAGAAAUGUCCACGCUUUGUGAACGCACUUGUUGACUGUUUGUUUCAGUUCGGUUGGAAACACAAAAUGUGAACCGCCUUCUUGUGUCCAGACAAAGGCGAUGCUGAGCCGCUCUAAGUCAAACACCAGGGCCAAGAGCUGCAGACGUUGGCUGCUCCAAUGACCUCAUCAACCCCCUCGUCUGGCCCGCCAGUCUCGGCCACGCCCACCGCACACGUCAUGGGGGUCACUGAGGGUCAAGCUCUGGACAACUUCCUCAAGGACAUCCUCUGGUUUGUCUAUGACUACCAGCUGCUGCUUAUACUGUGUCUCCCUGUCUUGGCGCUGAACUGGUGGGCGCUGAGAAUUCUGCGACAGUUUCGCCACGGACGGACGGUGCUGGACGCGACGGGAUGGAGGGAGUUGGUCAACACGUCAAACGUUGGGCUCGACAACACGGCAGGUUUUGCUCCCCACGUCGUGUUCCCAGAUCAUCUGCCAGCCCAUAAAGAUUAUUUCGUCUAUCACCGGCGGAAAAGGGGGUACGGACCCGCCACCCAGAAAUCCUCAGCUCUGUUGACCCCGCCGACCUCCCGUGCCCCGUUCUCCAGCCCCUCCGACCACCGCGAGCUGCAGUCGCCCUCCCCGUCCAUGUCCCCCAGCCCGCAAGUCGAGUUGCCCCCCAUGUCUCACCUACUGCCCUCUGACGAGUCCGAGUGCGAGUCUGAGGACCGUGACUGCAUGUCGCCCGACUUCUCCGGGAGCGCCACGAUGCUGAGGGACAAUGACGAAACGCUCAACGAGAUCACGUGGGCUUUUGACUCCUCCCCUUCGGCGUACCGCUCGCGGACAAACGUGAUCACGGAGAGCCACGAGAUCUCCAAGCGGAAAAAGCUGGCCGUGGAUCCGGACAAGUUCCUCAAGGGGAACAUCGGCGGUCACGGCAAUCAACAGACCCGAGUCCGUGAGCGAGGCAGGCGGUCUGAGAGUGAGGAGGCCAGGUGGAUGCACGUCGAUCGCGCGCACGGGGAGCGAGCCGUCAACACGAACCCCAGAAAAGAGUCGAACCGGAGUCUUUCACUGCCCAAGGAUCUCAGAACAGCGGCGUGCAGAAACGACUUCGGCCCGAGCAAAACCUCCCCUUGCAAAGACAACAGAUGGCGCUCAACGGUGGCCCAAUCCCCACCGUCUCCUGCUGUCAAAAUCAGAAAAAUCUCGAAAUCCCCUGGUGGCGGAGGCGUCCUCGUUAACAGCAACAAAUGGGGGAGGCGAUCUAGGAAGCUGGCUGCCUGCACCAUCAACCAGAAGCAGGGAACCGCCUCGGGACAACAACUCAUGAGUCACCGCAGCUCGGACUCGGAGGAGGCGUUCGUCCAUCUAACGUGCUGCCCGGAGCCGUCAUGUCGUUCUGCGGACACCACCGAGCCUCAGGCGAGCAGGAACAGAAGCGAGACCAACCUGGUCUAUAAGAGGGACAGCUGGAUCUGGUUCUCUCCCGAGACCAGGCCCAGCGUGGAGAGCUUCGCCACUCGCCAGAGAAAGUUCCAGAGCUCCGACCCGCGCGUGGCUAGACUGGCGGCUGAGAUCAAGAGACAGGAGAAACUGAACCGAGACAUCGAGCGGAAAGCCGAGUCUAUGAUCGAGAGCUCUUCCGUCUCGUCCGACCGGGUCUUUCGCGCGGACGCAGCCAAGGGGAAGAAGCGCACAGACCUCCCACGAGGCUCUGCGCUACCCCCGGUAAAUUCUUCCGACCACUCACCGACCGUGAACAGGUCGAAAAACCGCUCACACUCCGUGCCCUCUGCUCUCGUGUCGCGACAUAACGCGGCCUGUAAGAAGCAGCAGGGUGUGAUUACUUCCAAGAUGAACUUUCGAGGAUUCGAAAAGAACGCAAGGUCGCCGAAGAUGCUUCACGAGGGAGCGAGAGUGCGGGAAAACAGCGCCAGUCCCUCGAGGAAAGACGGACGUUCCCCCAAGCGAAAGCAGUCCGCCCACCACCCGGAGACCGAGGCUCGGACCCCUGCCCCGAGGAGCGCCAGCAACAACUCUAGAGGAAUCCUCCAAUUGCCCGGCCGCUGGACGGAGAGCCGGCUGAGGACCGCCUCGCUGAGUCCUCUCAGGAACGAGUCUCUGUCACCACAGCGAGAAGCUCAGCUGGGACCGAGGACGAAAGGCUCCCAGGGCUUCCAAACACAAGUACCGUCGAGACAAAGAAAUCUUCUCAACCGUCAAGGCACGUUUAGUGGAAACAGCUCCAAGCCAAACGAAGGGAUUAUAAGCAAGGCAUCUAUCUUUUCCUCUCGACAAAUUACCCGCUCUAUUCGUUUUGAGAAAUCUCCUCACGCAGGUUCCCCUCAGCGGCGGCCCGUGGACUUUGGCGAUGAAGGAUUGAACACGUACUCACCACGUGCACGUAGUCCCGACAAGUCCGGGCAGGAGCGAGCUGGGGCGGGUGUGGGCAGCGUGCGUGUGUUGGAAUCUCCGCUCAGGGUGAGUGUGUCGCCGUCUGCAAGUCGUAGGAGGGGCGGGGAAAAGGAGGCGCAGUCCCAGGGCGACAUGACCUCCGCCCUCUUCUCGACCACGGACACGGGGACGUCCAGACUCAAGUCUCCGUCUGUCGUGCUCUCUACUGGGGAGUCGGAGACUGAGUCUGCCUUCCUGAACAGGUCCGGUCACGUCUGCCAGGUGGUGCAGAAGGUCAUCAACAGAGAGGUCAAGGACGUGGUGCGCAGCCUUCUCACUGACCCGGAGCAAAGUUCAUCCUCCCACACCUCCAAAAAUCGACACUACGACGAAAAACAGCAACAACAACAACAACAACAACAACAACAGCAACAACACCACCACCAGCAGCAGAAGCCGACUCCAACAACCAGAAGUGAGAACACGCACAGCGAGGAGGAGUUGUCCCCUACCCAACGUCGGCCAAAUAAAAAGCAACAGAAUGACGCAGCGUGCAGGUUUGGUAACAAUGGUAACAGUCUCGGUUCUGAACGACACCACGGCGGCAGCAAAUGUUCUCCUCCUUCAAGGAAACCCGCGAGCCGAGCAGCCGACAGUACCGAGUCGCCCUUGUCUGACGUAGGCGUUAACACCUCUCAGUAUGAAGACAUGAUGUCAAACGAAGCUCGAACGUUUAACUCCAAAAUUCCGGUCGCUAUUCGAUCUUACAGUGCAUCGCCUCAAGAGUGGAAGCGACAAAAUUCCCCCCUUGUGCAGGUGACCAAUCAUGUUAGUGGCCAAGGAGAUGCGAGAAGGAUCAACAUCUACACUCCCGAGUACUAUUUAGGGAGAAUGAGCCCAAAGGGGCCGAUCAGAAAAACUCCAGACAGUCCACAACACGACAUGUCACCCUUUGAGCCGGUGAAAAAUAAAGCGAAGUGCCUUACUAUGCAAAAUCAAGAAGAGCCUGCGAUAAAAGUUUCUUACCAGAAACCAAUUCAAGCUGCAGCAUCUAGAGUACAUUCACCGGCUAUGUGUGAUGGGAAACGCUACACGCAACAGCAGUCCCCAGGGUCUAAGGCGGUAAAGGGGGUUGUGCAAAAGAAAAAGACGAGGUUUAUGCCAGUAAACAAGUCCACAUUACUGAUGAAUACUCUAAAUGGAAGGGACAGCGAAAACACUAUACGGCACCGAGCAACGAAAGAGUCGUGCGAUAAACGAUCAGGAUCGUUGGGAUUUUCGAACGAAAACAAAACCGGGGUUCAAACUGACAGUCAGCGAUGCCAAAAAUGGGAACACGUGUGGAGGGAAACCUCAGAAGGCGUCGAUCCGAUGUCCGCCUUGAGCAGCUGGAGCCAAGAUUCCGACGCGAGUGUCCGCGACAACGAGAAGAGGGCUGCCGCUCCUGUACGAUUCAACAAAAGACGCGAGGAAGGCCCCAGUGCCGACAGGAAAAGCUCUACCACCGCUGUUGUCGGCGCUUCCACAAAUAACUCGUCCAGUUACCUCCCGUACAAGGGUUGCCCGGCUCUACGGCCGCACGUGGGCAAAUGUGAUGCCAGAAGUACCCAGUACCAAUACCACAGCCGCGGUGAGUCCAGGUGCCAGAUGGACGACAUCAAAGCGCCCAACCUGUGCACCUCCACAGCCGCCCUCACCAACGUCCAGGUGUCUCACGUAGACACGUUUGCUCACACCAACAAGAACAAACAUUGUCCGCCCCUCCCUGUGUGGCCACGCCCCGUCCACACGAGGGGAUCUGAGGCAUGUGCCGGGACUCUGACUCACAUCAGGGCCGGUGCCGCCACCCCCGGGCCUCUGAGGGCGAUGAAGAAGCGACACCUGUGUUGGACGAAGAGAAAUUUGGGAGCGUCACACCGAGACACGACAUGUGGAAUCUAUGAGCAGCGCUCAAAUAUACACGAAUCCUUGGGUAUCGGGAAAAAGUUUGCCUGUCUUUACGGUAAAAGGCGUGCUGUCUCAAGAAACAAAACAGAGGAUCAAUCACUGUUGAGCGUGAACACAGCCCAGAGCGGAAUAUUCAGUAACGAUGUCUCAAAACCCAACAAAAUGACGUAUUCUGUGUUCCGUAGAGGCCUACAAAUCCAGGAAAAGAAAGAUGAACUAGUUAGGCCAGACUCACGUGAAGUGGACGAGUCUUUUUUGCUUAACAGAGUUUCUGGUGUCGGCAAAUUCAGGGCGGCUCAUCGCGUCAUGUUGCCUCCGACGUCUUCGGACGAAGAGAGUGAAGAAGCCGACAGAAAUUGUCAAAUUCUCCAAAAGCAGAAUUCAUUCUCAGCCACUGAAGGAAGUCAGAUUACUGAUUUAGUUCAGCCAAGUAUUAAACUCGAAGCUGACGUUCUCGUACCCAACUCCAACCCCGACUCCGGAUACGAGGAAAGUGUGUCAGAUAAAACUAUGCCCCUCUCAGACAAAACCAUGCACCUGUCAGAUAAAACUAUACCUGUUUCCGAUAAAACAAAGCCCGUGUCCGACAGAAUCAUGCCUGCUUCUGAUGUGUUAGGCAAAACUAUGCCGGUGUCGGUUAAAACCCUUCCCGUAUCGGACAAAUCCAUGCCUGUUUUAGGAAGAACCAAGUCCGCGUUAGAUAAAACCACGCGCGUUCGGCAUGAGGUCAUGGUUACAGAAAAGAGACCUCCGCCCAGCACCAGUGCUCUCCCUGAGACACAAAAUGCCGCCACAGACGAGCCCGGUGUUUGGGAAGCGGCGCCAGGAACCUCAACCAGCAGCAGAAGUGACUCUCGCUCGUCUGAGGACGCGGCACAGCGGAGUCCCUGGAGCGCUGACGGAGCUAUGGAUCAGACCACGCUGUCGUCUGUUAGUGAACCCGCCGCCUGGUCAUGUGACCUCUGUGACCACACUGACCUCUGUGACCCCACUGACCCCGGUCACCUCGGUGACAACGGUGACCCCAUGGACCUCAACAACGGCAGUGACCCCGGUGACUCUUGUAACAGUCUCGCACGGAAUAGCGCGGAGGACGAAGACACGAAACCCACCGACCAGGAUACCCUGCCGUCCGUCAGUGAAAUCAGCUGCUGGUCGUGGGAGUCAGUCAGCUCCGUGGAAUACAACACGCGAGGGCAGACGGAGGAACCAGAACGUUCGUCUGCAGCCACCGCUGGUAACAGCAAGUCGUCGUCACGUGACCACCUCGGCUGUGCAGAGGGCGCUAGUGUUCCCCCUGAGAUAAGCAACACAGGUCCCGACCCGUCCCUGUGUAAGGCCAAGGUCAACUGUUGGUCACAAGAGAUGUGUAGCCUGGUACAAUGUGUGUCACGUGCGGAAGGAGAAGACACGAACCAGGACUCGCGUGUCGUCACAAGGGGAGAGGGCGGGUUUUCUUACGGUGUGAAAAGUUCCACACCGUCUGAUGUGCAGGCUUCUAGGAUACCAGAGGGGCAGGCUUUCUCUUCCAACCGACCGAGCAGCUUUAGUUUUUGUGGCAUGUUUCGUUCUGUUGAGAGUGGCGGUUUGGGAGUUUCUAAAAACGCAGCAGAUGAGCAACCUGGCGGGGACCGGGUUACAGAUUCCGGGCCCAGUAAUUUGACAAGUGCGGCGUGUCCCGGACAGUUCUCGACUGAGCCGGACAUUGACCUACAUAACACAACUCUCCACACCAGCCACGAUGGGUCGGGUAUUUAUUACGAAGCGGAAGAAAACUCGGUGUCCUUUUCAGACUUGACGGGACUCUCUUCAACGUCGUUGUCAAAUCUUCUGGAAGAUGUCUCUGAUUUCCCCAGUGACAUUUCGUUGCAGUCGCUGUGCUGUUCUUCGUAUCUUAGCCCGCAAGUCUCCAGCACACAGCCCACACAAAGUUUCCACGUUCCGCCCACACGCCCAGUCGCCAAGCUGCCGAUGAACAGAGACAGCCCAGCUAUCCAUCAACGUGGUGAUCUAGACCGAAGGUGUGGUGGAGAUAUCGUCAAAGAAAAAGUGCUGAUCCACAAAGACGACAAAAACACUACCUCUUUGACAGACUUUUUGAAAUCCAGCAAUCGCUUUCCUCCGGUAUUGUCCGCGAAACAGAAACCACUCGAGUCGGACAAUGUUCCCGGCGACUUUGUCUGUGGCAUCAUCGCGCGGACAGUCCCCCUACCCCUGACAUCUUCCGACGACGAGGAAGACGAGGAACGCCCUAGAAGGAACUACGACGAAGGCGUCAGUGACGUGAGAAAAAAGACGCAUCAUUUCCUCGACCGCUCCUCGAAAAUUAGCGAGGGUGUUCCAGAAUCACACGGUUUUGAAACUCCGUGCAGUGGAAGUUGUGAGUCAAAAAGAAGUCCUGGGACGUUUUCUAAAGAGGAUAUGGAAUCGACAACACCACCCGACAGAGGCAGUUCGUUGAGUGUGGGUUCUGGACAGCAGUCGAACACGUAUGGGACAGUUCUUUCCCUUGAUUUUCCAAAAUCUGUAGGAGAUCCGAAGACUGAUCUGACGGAGAAGUCACACAGACACGCCCCCUGUCCCGCCAGUUCCGAGAUCCAACUCUCGGGUGAAAAAGCGAGCUGUGAAGUAGCGACGGGUGAGCAGCAACUGACACAAGAGGAAGAAGACUUGGAUUGUCAACCUGAGCACAGACGACCCAUCCACUUCCAGAGGAGUAUGCCGUUUGCUGAACUCCUCAGGCGAUUCUGACAGUCUCUCCUGUACCACGCGGACAUACGAAGUGGGCAGCUGGUGCCCUUUUGUGGCGUGUGAGGACGUAUUAUACCUACUAUCCCCCCAAAAUCUUUACCCUCGGGAAAGCCUAUAACAUAAAAGGGUAAAGGUUUUUGGGGGUCACCUAGUGCACGCACUCGUAGAAUACAGCGCAAGUAGAUGUGUGCUGGUGAAAAAUGUUAUGACGAGGAUGUCCCAUACAUCAGAACUUGCGCUAUGCUUUCUGGCAUUUAUUCACCACCCUAAGAAAUGCAUUGGCCUUGUUCGGGGUAACAGGACUGAAAGUCUGAAAAAAUAUUCAUCUGUGUUUUUAAAACGAAAUCACUUUGUUCCACAAUAUUAUUACCUAGACUUGUACUCGGCUUAUGUUGUAUACGACAUUUCUAUCUAAAUUAUAUUUUUACUGGCCUCUG